AUGACUGUCAUUCAGAGACAGAAGAACAUCACAGUACUCCAUGAUAUGAUGAUCCAGUUAUGUAAGUUUCAGUGUCUAAUUCCGGAGUCAGAUAAGAGACAACAGUUCAAGAGACUGAUGAGGAGCCCCCCAUCGGCAGCCGGGGAGGAGAGGGGGAGCGAGUGCGGCUCCGGGGACUGCUCGUCCUCCGAGGGGUCCUCACAGUGCAGCACGCUGCUUGACCUCCCCAUUGUGACCAUUGAGAAUAUCCUGAACUUCCUGAGCUACGACCAGAUCAGCCAACUGCGCCUGGUGUGUAAGCGUAUGGAUCAGGAGUGUCAACGCAUGCUCAACCAGGGAUUCCUGCGGGUGGAGCGCUACCACAGCCUGUGUCAAAAACAGGUCAAAGCACAGCUGCCCAGGAGGGAAUCUGAGAGGCGGAAUCACUCGCUGGCACGCCAUGCCGACAUCCUGGCCGCGGUCGAGACUCGGCUCUCUUUACUCAACAUGACGUUUAUGAAAUACGUGGACUCCAAUCUCUGUUGUUUUAUUCCUGGGAAGGUUAUCGAUGAAAUAUACAGUGUGCUUCGGUACGUCAAUUCUACAAGAUCCCCUCAGAGGGCUCACGAGGUUCUGCAGGAAUUGCGGGAUAUCUCUUCUAUGGCCAUGGAAUAUUUUGAUGAGAAGAUAGUUCCCAUACUUAAAAAGAAGUUGCCUGGUUCAGAAGUGUCAGGACGACUUAUGGGCCCUCCUUCAGUUCCAGGCCCCUCAGCUACGCUGAGCACCAUUCAGCUGCUCUCCAAGCAGAACCCCUCGAGACAAGAAGUGACAAAACUGGCGCAGCAGGUCAAAGCCAACGGAGCCGGCAUGACAGUCCUCAGGCGGGAGGUGUCUGAGCUACGCACCAAGGUACAAGAGCAGCAGAAGCAGCUACAAGACCAGGACCAGAAACUUCUAGAACAGACCCAAAUCAUAGGCGAGCAGAAUGUGCGAGUUGCUGAACUGGAGCACAAACUGCGUGAAGUCGUGGACAGGGCCGUGGGCAACCCUGGAACGAGCUCGCGCGAGGACUCCCCUCAAAAAAGGAAGAAAGUAGCUGAGGUUGUGGACUGUCCUAGGAAAUCUAAACGCCUUCGAACCAGGAAGUGAACGCGACUGGACUGUUUAGCGGCAUGGUUACUGAACUGGGCACUGGUUGGCAACUAAGGUGUAACCGAUCAGCAGUGUUUGGUAUAGGUUCCACUUUCCCUUCCAUGCAGUUAAAUGCCACUUUACGAAAGAAUCACCUUGCAGGUUAUGCUAUAGUUUAAUUGGUUAUUUUGCAGCCGGUGGGAGGUAGGUUACA